CCAGACCAAGGGACGUGUGUGAGGGGAAACGCCUGGAGCAAUUUCAGCUACUAUCCAGCUCAAAGGAACGCGCAGCAGCAGCCGUCCAAACACGAGCAAAGGCAGGAUUCCACAAAGAAAUCCCGGCACCUGGGACUGCAGCAGCCUUCUGACAUUCCUCACUAUAAAGCGAGCAAACUCGAGGACCGGGCUGCUGAGCCUGUGGGCCACAUUUCUCAAUCUGAGGACCAGGUCCAGAUGGAGCCAGAAGUGGAAUCUCCUCACGUGGGGUAUCCGUAUGGCCAGGGCUCUGAUGUGCUCCCCAGGAGUUUGGCCGUGCCGCAGCAGGAGCGCGACUCGCCCCGACCUUCCAGCAAAUCCAGGUCUCCCAAAGCAGACGAGCAGUACCCCAGCAUGCCCUCCAUUGUAGGUGUGAUGGGCGGCUGGGCUGAAGAUGAUCUGCCCAGGAUGAGGUUCAAGUGCCCGUUCUGCACUCACAUGGUGAAAAGAAAGGCCGACCUGAAGCGUCACCUGCGGUGCCACACAGGAGAGCGGCCGUACCCGUGCGAGGCGUGCGGGAAGAGGUUCAGCAGGCUGGAUCACCUCAGCAGCCACUUCCGCACCAUUCAUCAGGCUUGCAAGCUCAUCUGCAGGAAGUGUAAACGCCACGUGACUGAGCUGACGGGGCAGGUGGUGCAGGAGGGCACGAGGCGCUACAGGCUGUGCAAUGAGUGCCUGGCUGAGGCCGGCAUCGACAGCAUUCGCAUUGACUUGGAGGCUGAAGCACCCCUUGAAUUUCCUCCAGAUGGGGACAAGGAUUCCAGGUGGCACUAUGGGGAAGACAACAAAUCUGAUGUGGAGAUCGUGGAGGAUGGCUCAUCCGAUCUGGUCAUCCAGCAAGUUGAUGACAGUGAGGAUGAAGCAGAGGAGAAGGAAGUAAAACCAAAUAUUAGGUAGUUGUGAGACAGACAUCGGCGCAUGGAGCUCCUCUGGCGUGGGAAUCCUGUCUUGCCCAGCGGCCCUCCACCAGCCUGUCAUCUACAAAGACCUCUUGGUUUCUCUUGGACAGGCCCAGAUUUGCAUGUGUUCAUGGACAUGUCAUUGAGUCCGUCCUGAGUUUCGCUAUCAACAUUCCCAUACUUUGCUCAUUAGAAAUAACCCACCCUUGGGUGGAGCAGCGGCUGAACACGGAAGCUGAAGUACUGCAAGGAUAAGUUUUACAGCAGGCAGUGAGUCUCUUCUCAGAACCUCUUUCGAAGAGGUAAGGUCUGAAUACUCAAAAAAGUUGCACACCGAUGUAAAUUACUCUUCAGUGUUCAGAAAUAAAGAUAAUUUUCCAUGAAAUUUCAUUAAGUCUUCAUAUAUUAUGACUAGAAAAGCUAGGCAAAGAGUGAAGAAAAAGCAUAUAAAAAUGUUUAACUGGAAAAGCAUUUUCAUGUAAAAUUUAUUCACGGACCACGGGAUGGAGCGCAGCCUCGGUCUGUGCUGAUCCCAACCUGGGAGGAGGCACCGACCUGCCUGAGCUUAGGAAGGCCCUGGGAGGGAUGUGGGCAGGCUGCAGAGCUGGGCUGAGGCGCUGGGAUGAGCUCUGACAACUGAGAGCUGCCUUUCACUUACAGAAACGCCUCCUGUCGCCACAGCCUGGGGCAGCAGGGCUGGAAAACCCCUGUUUGUGUCUGGGAUGCAUGAAGGGAAGGGAAAAAGUGCCAAUCCAGGCCUGAAAUCUUAACUGCCAACAGCAAAACGACACUUCUGUAUCCUUCAGGGAGUUUUUAGAAGCAAAGGGAUUUCUGGAUCAGUAUUCAAUGUAAUUAGGUAUUGUGAGUCUGAGGAUGGUGAGGACUCAUUCUUUAGGAAAAACGAGACGUGGAGUGGCUGCCGUGGGCAAAUGGAGCCAUCUGCCCAUACAAAGACACUGCUACAGGCAAAUGAGAGAUCUGUAUAUAGCCUGCAACGGACUGCCCUGGUGAAGCAGGGCUGUUCUGCUUUGUGCAUCUCUGUUGUGCUCAGCACCACGCCGAAAUGUCUGUAGCUGUUUUUAAAGCAUCUCACUAAGCUUGGAGUUGUAGCUCCACACUGCAACUCCCAGUUAUGUUUUGUAUUUAAGAUGACCAUUCUACAUCUACUGCUUUAAUUUCGGUUGUUGUUUCCUUAUUUUUGUAUUACAGGACAAGUGCCUUAUAUUUUCCAUGUUCUUCAUUUUACAUAUCCAAUCAUAUCUUUUGUUUGUUUUCCUCUAAAUUAAAAUCAUACUGUUUUAUUUUCUUUUAA